AUGGGUGAAGAACAACAGCUUUUCUUAGUCGAAUUUUUAGUCGAGAAGGUUAAGAUUCCAGUGAUAAGGGCGAUGCAAGACGAGUUGUUGCCAGCGUGUACCUGUGUCUCUUUCCAAAUCCUCGGUUUGCCACCCGUCAACAUUUGCCAGGAAUCUUUGACCGACGGUUGCGGUUGCGAGGACGGCGACACGCAGAUCUUUAAGAAAGGGAAAUCCUGUUUGUUCGCGUUGCCAUCGAUCGUGCUACAGAGGCCGGUAACCUCGUUCCCGGUCAAGUUAUCCGUCUACAAGAAACUACCACCUGGAGUACUACCGGACGUGAUGCUGGUCGGUUGUCACCAGAUCGAGGCGAAGGCUUUGAUAAACGCGGUACUUAGCCAGAAGGUAUUCAAGAUCGCGAAUCCAUGCCAGACGAUCAAGGACACUUUCAAGAUCACCACGGCAACGGGACAGUGCGUCGGGGCUGUCACCGUCUACAUAAGGGUGUCCUGCUUCGGCAAUAAAAUCAUCACCCAAUUCCAAGUGCCCCACAACAGGAAACCGUACCUGUUUAAGGGCGCCGACGACAGCCCCGUUUUUCAGUGCAAGAAGAUACCUUCUUCUUGCGACACACCUGCCCCAGUUAAGUGCACCUGUACGAAGAAAUGCAUCGACGGAAGUGGCGAAUCAGCUGGAAGAACUUGCUGCCAAACCCCACUGGUCGUCGCGUCACCCUGUCCUCCUCUACCUGACAAACAACCUGAUUGGGGACCACGACCCUGUUGCGCCUCUCGACAAUCCCCCCCCGGGUAUUUCUGUUAGAAAAUGGAAUCUGUUCGUUGGAAUAAUUUUUGUACACGUAUUCUUAGGGGACAAGGUGGAGGUUGUCCAUGCUCCUCCAAAUCACCCCAAAAAUAUCAAGAUACCGAACCAACGGUAAAAUUCGGUGGAUGUAGCGCUGUUCACCAGCAACCAGCCGAUGGAAAAUGUAAACCUUGCUGCGGUUCGGCACAACCGGUUCAAAAGGAUUCUUGUCCACCCUGUUGCGGUGCCUCAUCAUCCGGCUCUAAAGGCUACAAAGGGUUCAGUGAUUUAGCGAGUAAAGAAACGGCCACGAAAAAGUGUGGAUGUCCUGUGAAGGAUUACAGUUGUAACUGUGGAAAGUGA